AUGGGUUCUAGGUAUGACAAAGCAAUUGAUAUGGAUCCUAAUGAGCUAACAGAGUUUGCUAAGGGAGUUUUGGAGACAAGAAGUGAGGAGUCCAGAUUGUGUCAUGUGACAGCAGCUGAUGGUGGAGAGUUUGAGGUUAGGGAUGGGCAUGUGAAGUUCCCUUUGACACUUCAGACAAUGACCUGUGGUUGUGGGAAGUGGCAAGGGUCAGGAAUACCAUGCAGACAUGGUCUAAGGGUCAUAUACAGCCAAAGACUUCAAGCUAUAGAUUAUGUGUCACCAUACUUCAAGGGAGCUGCUUACAAGCUGACUUAUGGAGACCACAUCCAUCCCAUGUCAGAUCCAAGUCAGUGGCCAGCAUUUGAUGUUCCUGAAAUAGCACCACCAACUGUCAAAAGAGCUGCAGGAAGACCAGCUAAGCAGAGAAGGAGAGCCUCUCAUGAAGCAAGAAAAGGAAAGAGGCACAAGAACAACAAGUGCAGUCUUUGCAAGGAGUUGGGACACAAUGCAAAAACCUGUAAGGCAAGAAAGGAAGCAUCAAAACAAGCAGAAAAUGCAACAUCCAGUUCACAGCAACGCAAAGGAAGAGGGAGGAAGAAAAAGGCUGACAGUUAG